GUCGUGCAAGGAUCGAUGCCUAUAAAAGCGGCAACAUCAAAAGAUAGCGUUGCAGUGCAUCUUCGGAUUUCUGAUAAUCCUAAGAUGGCUACUCUUAUUUCUAACGUUCUUGCCUUUCUCUUGUUGGCUGCUGCAAUAGUUUCUGGAUUACCUGCACCCGAUGAAUCAAAAAUCUCCACCGAUAUCAAUGAGGAAAACUCAACUCUGAUAUUGGACCUUGUGCCUCCUAUAGAAGGAGAAGAUGAUAACGGGAGAAAUGUCACUUUGUUUAUUAUAAAUCUUUACGCAAUUCGAAAUCAUUCUGGCGAGAGUUCGGAAGAAAUGCUCGAUAAUAAUGUCGUACAAAAAAUGCCGGAUAUAAUAGGUCCCUUGGCAACGUUAUUCCUAGUGGUAGAGGAAGGAGGAGACGAGGAACCUGUCGAUCUCGACAAAAUGGCUAAGUACAUGGAGGAACAUGGAUUAAAAACCGAUAAAAUCGACGAGAGUGGUGAAACGAGUGUACUGAAGACAGAAAUACCGGAAAAAGAUAUAGACGACGUCAAGGAGAUGUUGGAAUCCACGGCAGAUAAUUAUUCGACGUCGGAUAAACUAUCGAAAUCGAAGAAAUAUAGAGCGAAAAGAAUGGCUUGCCAUAAGUGUCAUGGUGGUGGAGGUAGAGGUGGUGGCGGAAAAGGUGGUGGAGGAGGAGGAGGUAGUUAUCAGUAUUACGAUCCAUACGGAGGACAAAUUGGCGUAAUACCGGUAUACGUAGUACCCGUUGCGAUUCAACAACAACCGCAGUACCAUCCUCCACCUCAACAGUACCAUCCUCCACCUCAACAGUAUCAUCCUCAACCUGUGUGCGAUCCGUGCCAAGGACGCGGUGGUGGUGGCGGUGGAAGAGGUGGGGGUGGUGGAGGUAUUGCAUACGCACAAGCCAGUGCUCAAGCAAGCGCCGGUGGAGGAGGAUGGUGAAGAACUUUUUUAAUAAUCCCCUCGCUACGAGUAUCUUCAAGGAACUUUUAUACUUUCUUUCGUUAAUAUUAUUAACGAAGGGUAGAAAGAAAAAACCAAAUUAUUAAUUAGCUUUGAAAACUGCCUGACAUUAAUCACAAUUUGUUAAUUAAGUUACUUUAUGGGUAGAGAAAACAACAACAAAAAAACAAAAUCUGUUUAUUAUCCUCUCAAUAGUUCUUACUAAGAGUAAGUAAAAACAUGCUGCUGACUAGACUGGUCGGAUGGUCUACAAGAAAUAUUAAUGCAUCAUAGUAUUACAUUUGUUAAAAUAUUUCUUAUAUCGAUAAGAAACUGUCUUUUUCCGAUAAAUAGUAUUAGAAAGUGAAAUUGUAGGAUAUUUGCGUAUGUUCAGGAAUGUAAAUUAAUUUUCAUUCGUUUAAUUAUGAAUUGAUUGCUUUUAUAUAUAUAUAUUGUUGAUGUAAUUACCUUUUUGACCUUUUUUUUUGAAUUAAUAAUUUACCUGAAGUAAUUUAAGAGAAUUUAGUCGCGAUCGACUGCAUCGCAUAUACCUUUUUCGUGUCUCACAAUACACUAUAUUUUUGCAAAAUGAUCUUCGCAAGGAAAAAACUGAUAAACAGGUUUUAAAUCGAUAAUGUUCCUAGCAAUAUUCCGCAUAUAUUCUGGGAUUUCCUACAAUAAUGAACAGUAACUUAAUUGACUUUACUCGCAAAGCGGAAUGAAGUUACAUCGUUUUAAUAAAUGCCACGCUGUAAUUUGUAUACCUCAUUAAAUGUUAAUACCUAA